UUUUGUGUCCGGUCAAACCUCAGCCUCCCUGGCGGUAAAAAUCUUAAACCCUAAACCCUCAAUUACCAAAUAUCCGGAAGCUUCACGUCGCCAUAGCCAUGGCUUCAGUGGCGAUAUCCAGAAGAAACCACCUCCUCUCCUCUCUUCUCCGAUGCCGAACCCUAUAUUCCCGCCGUACUAUCACCACUGGCCGCCCUACCUUUGCGGCAUCAAUUUCCACUUCACCAGCGGAUACAGAAACUCCGGUUUCCAGAACCAAAAUCCUCGAAACAUUCAGAGAAGAAUUCGAAAUCGGAUCACGAAUAAUCACGUUAGAGACAGGGAAGAUCGCUCGGUUCGCCAAUGGUGCGGUUGUGUUAGGUAUGGAUGAUACUAAUGUUCUGUCCACAGUUUGCUCGGCUAAAGGCGACGGUGUUCGAGAUUUUUUGCCUCUUACUGUCGAUUAUCAAGAGAAACAGUUUGCUCAAGGAGUAAUUCCAGGUACGUAUAUGAGAAGGGAAGGCGCUCCAAAAGAACGGGAACUUCUAUGUGGGCGGCUCAUUGAUCGGCCUAUUCGACCUCUCUUCCCAGCCGGAUUUUACCAUGAGGUUCAGGUGAUGGCUAGUGUGCUUUCUUCAGAUGGGAAACAAGAUCCAGACGUAAUGGCAGCUAACGCCACUUCAGCUGCUCUUAUGUUAUCAGAUAUACCAUGGGAUGGUCCUAUUGGAAUGAUACGUGUAGGAAGAAUUGACGGUCAUCUUGUCGUGAAUCCAAGCAUGGAUGAGCUUAAACUGAGUGAUCUCAACCUUGUGUACGCUUGCACAAGAGAUAAAACUAUGAUGAUAGACGUACAAGCACACGAGAUUUCCGAGAAGGACCUUGAAGCUGCAUUUAGGUUUGCGCAUCCCGAGGCAGUUAAGUUCAUCGAGCCUCAGUUGAAACUAGCUGCCAAAGCAGGGAAACAAAAGAAGGAAUAUACACUGUCGUUAGUGUCAGACCGAACAAUGGACAAAAUCCGUAACUUGACGGAGAAACCUAUCGAAGCUAUUUUUACUGAUCCUUCAUAUGGAAAGUUUGAACGUGGAGAAGCUUUGGAUAAAAUUGGACAAGAUGUGAAAGGUAUAUUAGAGGAAGAAGGUGAUGAAGAAAGCUUAAAAGGUCUAUCAAAGACAGUCGAUACAGUGAGAAAACAGGUUGUACGCAGGAGGAUAAUUAAUGAAGGAUUUAGACUUGACGGAAGGCGUCUUGAUGAGGUUAGGCCUUUGUAUUGUGAAGCUGGUAACUUGCCUGGAUUACACGGAUCGGCUCUCUUUUCGCGUGGAGAUACGCAGGUUUUAUGUACUGUUACUCUUGGGGCUCCAGGAGAUGCUCAACGUUUGGAUUCUAUUGUGGGCCCUCCAACCAAACGAUUUAUGCUUCAUUAUAGUUUUCCACCUUACUGUAUUAAUGAAGUUGGGAAACGAACUGGCUUGAACCGCCGUGAAGUUGGACAUGGCACUCUUGCUGAGAAAGCUCUUCUUGCUGUAUUACCUCGUGAACUUGAUUUUCCGUAUACCGUGCGAAUUAAUUCCGAAGUCAUGGGCUCUGAUGGUUCAACAUCAAUGGCAACUGUAUGUGGAGGGAGCAUGGCUUUAAUGGAUGCUGGCAUCCCUUUGAAAGAUCACGUUGCUGGUCUGUCAGUCGGCCUCGUUACCGAAGUUGACCCAUCAACCGGCAAUGUUGACCAGUACCGUAUAUUAACCGACAUUUUGGGUCUAGAAGAUCAUCUAGGGGACAUGGAUUUCAAAAUAGCCGGAACACGAAACGGGAUUACUGCAAUUCAGUUAGAUAUAAAACCUGCUGGAAUUCCUCUCGACAUUAUUUGCGAGUCACUAGAACCCGCAUAUCAAGGUCGACUUCAAAUACUUGAACGUAUGGAGCAAGAAAUAAAUUCAGCUCGCACUCAGGAUGGAAGAAAUUCUCCUCGAUUAGUUACCUUAAAAUAUAGCAACGAUGAUUUACGUCGACUGAUUGGACCACUUGGUGCCUUGAAGACGAAAAUCGAAGAAGAGACAGGUGCUCGUAUGUCUGUGAGUGACGGAACACUAACUAUAGUUGCUAAGAAUCAAUCGGUAAUGGAGAAAGUACAAGAAAAGGUUGAUUUAAUAAUCGGGCGAGCAAUUGAAGUAGGAGGUGUUUACAAAGGCAUUGUAACGUCAAUAAAAGAAUACGGGGCUUUUGUGGAGUUUAACGGUGGCCAACACGGCCUCUUACAUGUUUCUGAAUUGUCACAUGAACCGGUGUCCAGAAUUUCAGACGUGAUUUCAGUUGGUCAGCAGUUAUCGUUAAUGUGUAUCGGGCAGGAUCUUCGUGGUAACAUAAAACUUUCUUUAAAAGCUACUUUACCUCAAAAGACGAAAAAGUCUGAUAUGGUUGACGGAUCGUUAAACGUGUUAAAACCGAAACCCGAUAGUUACACACCUGAGCAAGAGGACCAGAAUUCUGCGGUCAAAGAUUUACAAGACGACAAAGACACGAGUACGAAAUCAAAUCCGUCGUAUUCUUCAAUGGCACCGAUUGUGAUUCGCAGUGCGGUGGAGUGUGACGAGGAGGAAAAAUCAGCCGGUUUGGGCUCUAAUUUAAAACCGAAACGGGCCUUAAAACCAAAAUCUUCUCAAAAACUCAAAACAUUAAAAACUCAAAGCGGUUCUGAUUCUGGGUCAACUGCGUCUAAAAAAGCCCGCAUUGCAAAACCGUAUUUACUAACGGAAAAAAGAAACCAUGGUGAUAACGAUACAAGCUCAGAUGAAGACAAAAACGAGGUUAAAGUUGAACAUAAAAAUGCAGUCCUUGAUUAUUUAAAAGAUCAAGAAUGUGAAGUUACGGGUCCAAUGGAUGCGAAAAAGCUCAAACUUGGAAUGAAAGUGACCGCAAAGAUUCUUCAAGUACGGGCCCGCGGGUUGGUUUUAGAUUUGGGUGGUGGAAUCAAUGGGAUGUACAAGUUUGAGAGUGAUGGCGGUAAAGAGGAGUUCGAAGUAGGAAACGAGGUACACGUACAAUGUACAAGCUUUACCAGCAAGGGCAUUCCUGUAAUGUCCAUCAUACAAGAUGAUUAGUGACACGUGCUAUCGUCAACUGAUUUCUGUGUUGGUGUGUCAUUCCGAGAAGUUGUUGGGUGGCUCGUUCCAAUUUUGAGGUGGCCCGAGGAUCUGUGAAUCCUCAUGGUUUCAGGCCCUUAAGUUUUUGAGAGAGAACAGUGAUUAUACUACGUUUUUGUUUAUUAGAGUUGUGCUAUGUGCUACUUGUAUUAUGGAUUUCUUUGUUGACUUUAAUGGGUCAACAAGAAAACUGGUAGGGACGAUUGCAGAUGGAAAAAAAUUGACAGGCAGAGUGAGAUCACUCAACUGACUAUAUGAAUCGUCAAAAUAAAAUUCAUUUGUUCAGUAUGCCUUGAAAGAGGCGUAUUGUUAAAAUA